CUCAAGUCCAAGAAAUGUACAACACCACAUCGCCUCUCACAACCUCCUCCACAACCCACCCGCGGUCCCUACCGCAACAAUGCCGUCAUCACAAGCACCACCGUCCUCCACCUCCUCACCAAAAGACGAACAAUCCAACUCCUCCCAAUCAACCGACACCGAAACCGCAACCCUCCCCACCCGCCUCCGCACCCUCUUCACCAUCCCCCCCCCCUCCGCACCCUCUUCGACCUCGUCCCCCUGCACACCUACCCCCCCAACCCCCUCCCCCUGCGCUCCCCCUCCCCCUCCCCCUCCCAACCCUCCACAUCUUUACCUCCCCCUCCUCCCCCACAGCCCCCUCCCCAAACCCAACCUGCCUAAAACACCAAACCGCCCUGCGCCUCGCCUCCCUCCCGCACACAACCACCAACUCCACAAACCACGCCUCCCCCACCGGCGCCCUCCCCUUCCUCCUCCCGCCCACAUCGUCGCCGUUGCUUCCCGCCGCCCUCCUCCCGGUUGGGGCGGGCCAGAUCCUCAGUUAUGCCACGAAAGCAGGACACCCCCUGCCAGCGCGCCCAGCACACCCGAAGGCCAAGGUCUACGCGUCCCUCAUCGACGACGCCAUCCGUCCCGCCUGGCUGCACGCCGUCUACCUCACCCCCGCCAACGCCCACCUCCCCACACGCCUCUACCUCGCCCCCGCUACCUCAAGCUGGCUCGUACAAACCUACCAAGGCAUAUCCCUGCGCCGCGCCGCGAGCGAGCAACUAAAAAUCGCUGCGCCGGGGGGAGUGGUGGAUGUAGAUGACGUGUAUGCGAGCGCCGCGGCGGCGUUUGAGGCGCUUGCGGGGGCGCUGGAGGGGGAGGAGUGGGUGCUUGGGGGGGAGGGGGGGCAGGUGACGAUGUUGGAUGCGGAGGUGUUUGCGUAUACGCAUUUGGUGUUGGAGGAGGGGAUGGGGUGGGGGGAUGGGAGGUUGGGGAGGGAGGUUAGGAGGUGGGGGGCGCUGGUGGAGCAUCGGGAGAGGGUGUUGAAGACGUGUUGGGGGGUGAAUAGGGGGUAA